AUGGCCCAGAAUGCCGAUCCUAGCGAGCCCAUGUCCGCACAACGCUUACCUCCGGGUACUGUCCAUCUGGUCGACCUGGAGGGGACAAUGGCAAUCAAACACGCAGAUGGCAAAGACGUGAAAGACAUCGUUCUCAUCCCGAGACCAAGUGAUGAUCCAGACGAUCCCCUCAACUGGUCGUUUCGCCGGAAGCUCCUAGCUACUUCAUGCGUCGUGGUAUACACCAUACUGUUGGCAAUCCCCUCGAGCGCUGUAUACUCUGUCGUAACUCCUAUACGAAAAGCAACCGGGCUGACAUUAGCCGACUUGAACAACGGUACGGGCAUUAUGUUCUUAUUCUAUGGAUGGGGCUGCAUUCUAUGGCAACCUUUAGCUCUGCAGUACGGGAAAAGACCUGCAUAUUUAUUUUCUCUUGUUGCAAACAUUAUCAUCAUGGCCACGGCGCCGCUAUGUACAACGGCUACCACUUAUCAGAUAAGCCGGAUUCUUCUCGGGUUGUUUGGCUCACCCGUGGAGUCGCUCUGCGAAAUCUCAAUCACGGAUAUUUGGUUCACUCAUGAACGGCCAAAGUAUAUGGCUUGGUACGGGUGGUCUCUCGCCCUCACUGGGAAGCUGGCUCCCAUGAUCUCAGGGUUCAUCAAUAGUGGCAUGGGGUGGGAAUGGACUUUGUGGUGGUGUGCAAUCUUUAACGGCAUUGCCCUUGUAUAUUGCUUUCUAUUUAUGGAAGAGACCAACUACGAUCGCAAACACGCGGAGGAUGUUGAAUUGGAUGCCAAGGAACCGGCUCCAGUAUCUCCCGAAAAGCAAACCAACAACAGUGGCCUUUGGCAUACCGUGACAGGUGACAAAACUGCCGACACAAAGUCCAGUCCCCAAAUACUACCAGGCAGUGAUAUGGAAGAGGGAAAAGUCACGAAACCCAGAAAGACAUACUGGCAGAAACUGAGCCUAAAGGACGCGCCUCGGCCAAACCGAGUCUUAGACAUCGCGAUCGCUCCUUUCAAAGGCUUCACAUACCCGGCCGUUGUUUAUGCAGGGCUCAUGUAUGGAGCCAACAGCCUCGUAUGGUCCGGCGUUCAGAAUGCCACUGCCGGGACAGUGUACACGACCAUGUACGGGUGGAACACGACGCAGGUCUCCGGGGCAUAUGCUGCGGGCGUGAUAGGUACCAUUACCGGCGGAUACUACUCAGGCAAAGUGGGCCGCAUCCUCACCGUGCGGCUUGCGCGGCGCAACAACGGCAUCUCGGAGCCCGAGCACACCCUGUACCUCUUCGUGGCCUCCAUGAUCCUCGUGCCCUUCUCCCUGGUCCUCUACGGGGUCGGGGUCGUCCGCCACAUCCACUGGUUCGGGCUCGUGUUCAGCCAGUUCCUCCUGGCCAUCAGCAACGCGCUCUGUGUCUCCGCCGCCCUCAACUACGCCAUCUCGUCGUACCGUGAGCUGUCGGGGGGCAUGGUCGUGACGUGCGUGCUCAUCCGCAACACGCUCAGCUUCGCCAUCAACUAUGCUAUCACGCCGUGGCUUAAGGCUACGGGGUACCAGAACACGUAUAUCACCGUUGCGGCGAUCGGGUUUGUGUGGAACGCGAGCUUGUUCGGCAUGGUCAGGUGGGGGAGGAAGAUGAGAGAGAUCACGGCGGAACGGUACUGGAAAGAUGUCAAGAGCGCCAGAGAGAAGGGUUUGAGUCACUAG